AUGUCCGACGCCCAAGGUUCCAAGAACGCCACCGCCUCAUCCUCUUCUAGGCCCAAGCCUAAGCAGUGGGGAGGUGCAGAGGCUGCUGCUGCUCGGCAUAGCAAGAGGUUGGCCGCUCAAGAAGAGGCUCGCGAGGCUCGCGAGAAGGCUGAUCGCGAGAAGGAAGAGAACGCGGAGGCUGACCGCUGGGAGGAGCAGCAGAAGAAGAAGAGAGCUCGGGAGGACACAGACUCGGGCUCUGGUGACUCGGAGGACGAGUAUGUCGAGGAGGAAGGGAAGUCGAAGUCGAAGAAGACGAAGACGAGGUCAGAGAAGAAGAGGAAGACCUCCUCCCCUCCCCCGGACGAUGACGUGGAUGAGCUGGAAGACCCGGAGGAAGCUGCUGCUGCUGCUGAAGACCCCAGCUUCGAGUACGACCGUGAUCGAGCUGAGUCGGAAGAGGUGAUGAAGUAUUUCUGGCGAUAUCGAAAAGCCAAGGUAUACUGGAAGCCUCAGGUGGUCUUUGACUACUGGAGGCAGCAGCAGAAGCCGGUAAAGUCCGGGAAGAAGAACGAGGAGACGGGUGAGGUCGAACGGAAGGCGUCAGCGCACAUGGAGUCUGCGAUGAAGAUCUUCUUCAGUACUACUGGGAAGAUCUUUGAGGGUCGUCAUCGUUGCAAGGGAUGCCUACAGCUGCCUCUGCGAAGCAAGAGGAAGAUAUCGGAUGAUGUUCCCGGUAUCAUCCUGAAAUGCAAGCAGAUUUCACCGACCGGUCGAUGCGCUCAAUGUGCUCUCGUCGGUGAGAAGUGUUCGCUUGAGGUCCAAAACGGAGACCUCGUUAGGGUCAGGGCCUCCUUAGCAGAGGACGUGCCGACGGGACUUGCAGAGCAGCUAAAAGACCUGCUUCAAAAGAUCCAGAAGCACGUCAAGAACGACGAGGUUCAUAUCACGGGAACGACGAUCAACGGUGUUGUCGAGAUGGCUGGGGAGCUCGAGAUCCACCUCGAGGAACUAGAGGAGGCCCUACAAGGUCUUCCGGUGAAGUACACCGAUACCGACUUCAUAUCGGUAUUCGAGAACGGAGAAGAGGUCGAUUUCGAUCGAUAA